AAAUUUGGCUUUGUUCACUUGUCUGCUGGUGAUCUGCUGAGAGAAGAGAGAGCCAAACCAGGCAGUGAGUAUGGAGAAUUAAUUGAAAACCACAUCAAGAAUGGGACAAUUGUGCCUGUGGAAAUUACCUGCUCCUUGUUAGAGCGUGCCAUGAAGGAUUCAGGUAAAAUGGACUUCCUCAUUGAUGGAUUUCCUCGGAACCAAAAUAACCUUGAAGGCUGGAACAAAGAGAUGGGCGAGAAGGUUAACCUGAAGUUCGUCCUUUUCUUCAACUGUCCUCUUGAGGUGUGCACCCAGCGAUGCUUGGACAGGGGAGCCGCAGGGUCUGGCCGCUCAGAUGACAACCUGGAGUCCCUCAAGAAGCGAUUUGACACCUACAUGAAUGCCACAAUGCCCAUCAUUGAGCACUAUGAAGGGCAGGAUCUUGUACGUAAGAUCGAUGCCACUCGUUCACCUGACGAAGUAUUUGGAGAUGUUGAAAAGCUGUUCAGUUAAAUUAGUCAAGUCUGAGGAAGAAGGUAAGUUGGCUCAGCAAAGAACAAAAAAACAUCUGGUUAAUUUAAGUGUUUUAUCAUGAAAGGGUUAGCAGGCAGCCAGAUACUGUGAGAUUGGUAUUUUAAGUGGUAUUUCGGUAAAAGAUCUCAGCAUGAACAAAUUCUACCAAAACACAAAGUAUGUGAAUUUAAGAUUAUGUAAACAUCAUUAUCCUAUGGCUAGUUUACCAUUUGCAAGUAUGUCUUGUAAUUUUUAUCUCACUGAAGAAUUCAUUAAAUGUAUUAAUUGCUGAUAUAAUGCUUUUUGCUUUCAGUUUUUUUUCUGUUGCAAAAUAGUAUGACCAUGAUAUUGAUUUGAUAUUUCUUUUUUAAUAUUAAGGAUAUCAAUUUUAACAGUUCUUAAGCAAUAUUUUUGGUUUUAUUCAAUUUCAUCAAAUGUUAACAUUGAAUAUGGCUUUGUACUCAAAUAGAUUAUAUUGUUAGAUCAUACUUGACUUCUGUAAAGUGGUGCUUUGCCAUCAUGUUUUCACUGCAUAGGUAAUUAGUAUCAUAUAUAAUUAUAAUUACUGGCUAAACCACUUGUAUGUUUUUGACAAGGAAAACUAUAAUGCCUUGGUGUAUUUGUUAGUGUUCAUGUAAUACUAGUUUAUUUGUAAUUAUUUAUUUUGUGGAAGGUUACCAUAUAUAGAAUAUAAAAAGAUAUUCAGACACUAAGUUAGGUUUUAUUUUUAUGAAAACACCUGUCCCUGUAGAUAGCUAUUUUAUUCAAGCAAAAGUGUCUUGCAUAAAAGUGAGCAGAGAUUUCAGCCCCAGAUAUGGAAUAUGUUAACUGUACUGAAGCAAGUAGAAGGUAAUGAAUACUAGAGAAGAAAUAAUAAGGAGAAUCAGUAGUGCAUAUAAUGUUAGCCAGUAGACUUAGAUGUAUUUCUUCAAGAGGAAGUCUGUACUUUUCCUCCACCCUUCAGCCAAUUUUUGUUUCAAAUUCCAUGAUGGCAGCAAUAAAUGGUUGAAUAAUGUUUAAAUAAGCAUUUCAGUUCCCACAUGUCAGCAAAUCAUCAUUUCAUAUGCAUUUACAUCAGAUAUAUGUGCAAAAUGCUGUAUAUCCAUAGUCAUUAUCUGGUAUGCAAGUUUUGAAUGUUAUUUUAAGAUGUUAUUGACAAUAGUUUGGGCUGUAAAUUAAAUUUUUAAGUUUAAAGAGUGUAUCUAAUUUUAGGGAGAUCCUCUAAACCUUUAUCUGCUAUUUAUUGAAAGCAUUAAGUAUUGUUUGAAAUAAAAUGAAUAUUACUUUUA